AUGUGCACCAUAAUAAUGACCCUCCACACAAUCUGCACCCACCACACCCGCCGCCGCGAGCCCUGCGUUUUCGCCUCGGGUCCCUGGGUCGAAACGAUUACCGUUCCCGAAGCUCCCAAGGACAUCGUGGCCUGUUUCCGCACUCCCGGGGCUUGUAAUUGGAACCUGAAGAUUGUCGACCGGAUCGAGUUUGGCUAUUGCUCGUUGUGCCAGGGGAAGUUGGAGGGGAGGGAUGUCAAAAUCAACUUUUUGUUGACGUAUAAAGAGAGGCAGUGGGAGGGCACUCAAGAGACAGAAGAUGUUGGGAAUGUGUGGGGUUGUUUGGGAGGAGGUAGGAGGGGGUGGAUCACAUCCCAAGAGUGGCUCUGCAGGGUCGGUGCCCAGAAAAAGUUCAAACGCAAGUUUGGGUUCAUCAAGCCUGCCCAUCUUAACCGGAUCAUUACUUGUCCAAGACCAAAGAAGGACAAAAAGAGGAUUGAGUUCGGCUUCUGCCAUCGUUGCGUGGAACAUCGAAAGGCCGUGGAGAAGGCACGUGCUGAGGACAUUGUGAGUUUCAUCCUCGAAGCUUCCUCCACUAUUGCCUCUUAUCAAGAAGCUUCUAACCACAAUGACAGACGAAUUAGGCGGACGCUGAGAAACUCACCAUCACGGGCCAAAGCUCGAAGAAUAAACCCGGAAGAACCUGACCUGGAUUGGGUACCUGCAUCCCCUCAUUUUGAUUGCAGCAGUGCCCAGAAGCCACCUCGUCGCAGGCAACCAUAUACACGAAAGUAA